AUGGGAGAAGGUACUUCGAGCACCGCAGAACUUGGCUCAGCUGGAGCACAGGAGAAGGUACUUGGAGCAAAGGAGAAGGUACCUGGAGCACAGGAGAAGGUACCUGGAGCACAGGAGAAGGUACCUGGAGCACAGGAGAAGGUACCUGGAGCACAGGAGAAGGUAGCUGGAGCACAGGAGAAGGUAGCUGGAGCACAGGAGAAGGUACCUGGAGCACAGGAGAAGGUACCUGGAGCACAGGAGAAGGUAGCUGGAGCAGAGGAGAAGGUACCUGGAGCACAGGAGAAGGUACCUGGAGCACAGGAGAAGGUACCUGGAGCACAGGAGAAGGUACCUGGAGCACAGGAGAAGGUACCUGGAGCACAGGAGAAGGUAGCUGGAGCACAGGAGAAGGUACCUGGAGCACAGGAGAAGGUACCUGGAGCACAGGAGAAGGAGAAGGUACCUGGAGCACAGGAGAAGGUACCUGGAGCACAGGAGAAGGUACCUGGAGCACAGGAGAAGGUAGCUGGAGCACAGGAGAAGGUACCUGGAGCACAGGAGAAGGUACCUGGAGCACAGGAGAAGGUACCUGGAGCACAGGAGAAGGUAGCUGGAGCACAGGAGAAGGUAGCUGGAGCACAGGAGAAAGUACCUGGAGCACAGGAGAAGGUACCUGGAGCACAGGAGAAGGUAGCUGGAGCACAGGAGAAGGUAGCUGGAGCACAGGAGAAGGUAGCUGGAGCACAGGAGAAGGUACCUGGAGCACAGGAGAAGGUACCUGGAGCACAGGAGAAGGUAGCUGGAGCACAGGAGAAGGUACCUGGAGCACAGGAGAAGGUACCUGGAGCACAGGAGAAGGUACCUGGAGCACAGGAGAAGGUACCUGGAGCACAGGAGAAGGUACCUGGAGCACAGGAGAAGGUAGCUGGAGCACAGGAGAAGGUAGCUGGAGCACAGGAGAAGGUAGCUGGAGCACAGGAGAAAGUAGCUGGAGCACAGGAGAAGGUACCUGGAGCACAGGAGAAGGUACCUGGAGCACAGGAGAAGGUAGCUGGAGCACAGGAGAAGGAGAAGGUACCUGGAGCACAGGAGAAGGUACCUGGAGCACAGGAGAAGGUACCUGGAGCACAGGAGAAGGUACCUGGAGCACAGGAGAAGGUACCUGGAGCACAGGAGAAGGUACCUGGAGCACAGGAGAAGGUACUUGGAGCACAGGAGAAGGCAUCUGGUGCACAGGAGAAGGUACCUGGAGCACAGGAGAAGGUAGCUGGAGCACAGGAGAAGCUCAGAUCUACUCCUCCCGAGCUCAGAUCUACUCCUCCCGAGCUCAGAUUUACUCCUCCCGAGCUCAGAUCUACUCCUCCCCAGCUCAGAUCUACUCCUCCCGAGCUCAGAUCUACUCCUCCCGAGCUCAGAUAUACUCCUCAACAGCUCAGAUCUACUCCUCCCGAGCUCAGAUCUACUCCUCCCGAGCUCACAUCUCCUCCUCCCGAGCUCAGAUCUACUCCUCCCGAGCUCAGAUCUACUCCUCCCGAGCUCACACCUCCUCCUCCCGAGCUCAGAUCUACUCCUCAACAGCUCAGAUCUACUCCUCCCGAGCUCAGAUCUACUCCUCCCGAGCUCACAUCUCCUCCUCCCGAGCUCAGAUCUACUCCUCCCCAGCUCAGAUCUACUCCUCCGGAGCUCAGAUCUACUCCUCCCCAGCUCAGAUCUACUCCUCCCGAGCUCAGAUCUACUCCUCCCCAGCUCAGAUCUACUCCUCCCGAGCUCAGAUCUACUCCUCCCCAGCUCAGAUCUACUCCUCCCGAGCUCAGAUCUACUCCUCCCGAGCUCAGAUAUACUCCUCAACAGCUCAGAUCUACUCCUCCCGAGCUCAGAUCUACUCCUCCCGAGCUCACAUCUCCUCCUCCCGAGCUCAGAUCUACUCCUCCCGAGCUCAGAUCUACUCCUCCCGAGCUCACACCUCCUCCUCCCGAGCUCAGAUCUACUCCUCAACAGCUCAGAUCUACUCCUCCCGAGCUCAGAUCUACUCCUCCCGAGCUCACAUCUCCUCCUCCCGAGCUCAGAUCUACUCCUCCCCAGCUCAGAUCUACUCCUCCCGAGCUCAGAUCUACUCCUCCCCAGCUCAGAUCUACUCCUCCCGAGCUCAGAUCUACUCCUCCCCAGCUCAGAUCUACUCCUCCCGAGCUCAGAUCUACUCCUCAACAGCUCAGAUCUACUCCUCCCGAGCUCAGAUCUACUCCUCCCGAGCUCAGAUCUACUCCUCCCGAGCUCCCAUCUCCUCCUCCCAAGCUCAGAAUUACUCCUCCCGAGCUCAGAUCUACUCCUCCCCAGCUCAGAUCUACUCCUCCUGAGCUCAGAUCUACUCCUCCCUGUUAA